ACAGGAAGCAGUUUUAAAAGAGUCGCAGGCUGAGAGUCUGACAGACUGAAGGAGAACUCACACACUAACACACUCACUAAGACUCGAACACUGCCAGAGAGGCUCUUUAUCUGACCAGAAAAAAAGUUAUCUGUUACCCGUGUUAAGCUUACCUGUGUUUACAGUCAUGGACAGUGAGGGUAAAAUGGUGCAGACAGAGUGUAAGGUUCAGGUGGACUCAGACAGUAGGACUCACAGAUCCAGCCGCUCCGUCACGGCUGGUCUGCUCAUCUUCACGCUCUGCCUUGCUGCUGCUGCAGCUGCUGUGCUGCUCCUCAACAAACACCAACAGGUGAGAAUACACACACACUUCUGAUACAGCAUCCACUUCAGACUGUUCAGUCUAAAACACAUACCUGUCUGUACACACACACACCUAUAUCAGCUCCGUUUGUGUUGCUGUAACUCUGACCUCUGACCUCUUUUUUUUUCUCAAACAGACUCCAGGACAGCCUGAGGAGAGCUUUGGUGAGUUUUUUAGCUAAUUCUGCUCUGAGGUCUAAUAGCUCACCCUAACACUCAAAUGGUAGACUGUGUAAACUCUUACUGAUGUCAGAUCAGUGUUUCGUGUUGAGACUUAGACAGCAGUGUUAUUACAGAAGUGCUAAGAGACUAUGAUAAAUGAGUCUCUGUCGUCUAACCGUGUCCAUCCUGUUAUUGUCUCUGCAGAUCUUCAUCACAACUUGAGGCAGAUUUCAAACGUCAGAGCAGCCAUCCAUCUGAAAGGUAAGAAACAUUCAGAGCACCAGUCAACCUGAGGACCUGUAGACCUUAAGACCCAUAGACCAGCAGACCUGUAAACCUGUGAGCCAGCAGACCUGUAAACCUGUAGACGUGCAGACCUGUCAGAUGCUGCGCUAACGUGUUUACCUCAGGUGUCCUGUAGACACUCUCAGACCCAGUCUUAGAUAUAUUCCCAGUCUGUCUUUAUCCUGAUCCUAAAAACACUUAGAAGUCUGUAUUUCUCUCACACUCUCAGAGAUUUAAUCUUCAUCUCCUCUCUUUAUCCUUGUCCUCAGGACAGUAUAAUCCCAAGAUGAAGACCUCACUGGAAUGGAUGACUCAGGUGGACCAGACUCAUGCUCAAGGUGGUCUCAUACUGGAGGACAACGAGGUUGUGAUCCCUCAUGCUGGAUUGUACUUCGUGUACAGCCAGUCGUCCUUCAGGGUCAGCUGCAGCAGCUCGGAAGAUGAGGACCAGUCCUCCAGACCGCUGGUCCACCUAAGCAACACUGUGAAGCGCUGGACUAGCGCCUCCGGCUAUGAGCGCAGCGAGGACACCUAUGAGACCAUCCUGCACUCCAUACGCACCGCCUGCCAGAAGUCCGGCAGCGAUGCAGACCAGGGGGGCAGCUGGUUCACAGCAGUCUACAUGGGGGCAGUCUUUAACCUGAACCGUGGGGACCGGCUGAAGACGCAGAUGGAGGAGAAAAUGCUGCAACAGCUGGAAGUUGACCCGGAAAAGACCUUCUUUGGGAUGUUCGCUCUGUAAAGGGUUCAGGACCUGAAGAACCUAAAAGACUUGAAAGACCUAAAUAGACAGGGUCAGGACUCAUGGAGGGGUCUGUAGCCUGGUGAAGGUCUGCAACAGUCAAACUGCAGCUCAGAGCUCAAUGUUUCUAUGGAGACCUCUAUGGGUCUGUUACUUACAGUUCUGUGAACUGUGUACAGAGUACUGUGUACUGUGUGUAACCCUGUAGUACUGUAUGGUAGUACUGCACUGAGUUCAUUGUGUCACUACAGCUGGCAGGUUCAGUUUUUUGCUUUUUAUCACAGUGACCAUGUUUAUUUAUUCAUUAUGUUAUUAUUUAUUUAUUGACUUAUUUAUAAAGGUGUGUUUAUCCUGCUGAAUAUCUUAUUUAUGAAUUAUUUAUUGAACCUCUCAAUCAGCUGUUUUUAUUUAUUUAUUUAUUGAUGUGUGGAAAUGAUACAUGAUGUUUGUGCUAUGGUGGAAAAUACUGAAAUAAAGAAUCUUUGAAAUCAAAA